GGGCUACUAUUGACUUUCGUGUGGGAAAUACAGGCGUAUACUCACAUACAAGACGUCCGUGUUUGGUAUCUGGGUAGUAGUGGGCCUUUUAAAUACGCGCAGACUAUUCACAGCAUAUCACACGUAAGCUCCUGGUAUAAGCGUCAGGUCAUACACUCGUAUCACUUGUUGUUCAUAUUGCACGACAUAGAGCGACGUCCGAUAUGAGUGCACUGAUAAUCUCUGAACUAUAUUGUGCACGCAAUGCUGUGCUGUUUCGCGAGAUUAUCUAAAGUGACGCUUGUAGAGCAGUUGUACCUCUUCAAAUAGCUUUCCCACAUCCGCUGAACAACCAAAGCGGAUCGCCUUGGCUGUGAUACGCAAGCUACCAGCAUUGCGAGGCUUUGGCUCUGGGCAUUAAGCAAAGUCGUCGUAUGGCAGCUAUACUACCAAGAUGAAGUGUUGUAUUGGCUACGAUAAUCUGAAAGAUUUCGGGAAGGCUCUCGCGUGCCUAGGACGCAUUGCAGACACGAUUGCUUUCGAGUUCUACACAAAGAGCAUACUUGUUUACUGCGUCAGUGCAAGUCAGAACGCUGUUGCAAAGUUCACUUUCGAAUCAGAUUUCUUCGAUAUUUUUACUAUCGAGGAAGAGGAAGUCGAAGAUUGUGUCCUGCGGUGUAAAAUUCUAUCAAAGACAUUGACGUCGAUUGUACGUAGUUUGGUGCUGGGUGACAAGACAAUCGAGACAUGCACGAUUCGACUCUCACUGGAGGACCCGGUACUCAUUUUUGAAUUAGGAUGUCGAUAUGGAAUGACCCGACUGUAUAAAUUCAACUAUGAGGAUGUAUAUCCACUCAAGGUCAGCAGCUACAAGGCAACUGCCAGCAGCACGAUCACCGUCGAUGCUAAUAUCAUGAGCGAAGGUAUUGGGAACUUCCCUGCAAAUCUCACCGAGGUGUCCUUCGUGGUAAAUCGACAGCGGUUACGAGUGAAGAGCUUUUUCGACUCCACAGAUAGUGUGAAAACUAGUUCAAACAUGCUCCAGACCGAAUUUGCGCUAGCAAAGUCCGAAUUCGAGUUGUACCAGGUAGCAAGGCCGACUACUGUGACGUUCUGCUUGAAGGAAGUGAGGGCAAUUCUACAGUACUGCAGUGUAUACAGGCAACUGCUAACCAUAUACUUCGACGGGGCGGGAAGACCAAUCACAUUCGUGUAUGAGGAUGGCAAUCAUGUGCAAACAGAAUUUGUGCUUUCCACACUGCAAAUGGAUGACGAUGAAGCAGAAGUUAACGCAUCCCCGACCGGCGACCGUGUCCCGACAUCUUCGGAGUCUAAUAUUCUGCAGUCGAAUACAAAUUCUUCUAACGAUGAUAUUUCCGAAGUACCAGACAGCAGUAGGGGUCGUGUAAAUAGCCCCCCGCAACAAAUUUAUCGCAGCGCAGAAGGGAGAAGACAUAGUGAACGCGAGGAACUCCGAAAGAUGAAAGGAGAUCGUAACGAAAAAAGAAGACAGCAGCAGGAAUUGUCGAGGAGAGAACAUAGCCAGGGUAACGAAGGAGGAGAGGGAGAUAUGCACGCUGGACGUGAGCCCAUUUCUGCUGGACAUGGCAUGUCCCAAUAUAAUCCACAGGUGCAGAAACAAGCGGAUGCACACAGGCAGGUUAGUACUGCAUGUGCAGAUUUCAACAUGGAAAGGUCCGGGGAUAGAGCCAAGCUACAGAGGCAAUACGGAGACCUGCGGCUUAGCAGGACUUCGGCUCCUAAGAAAAAUAGGGACGCCAGUCACGAAGGGCAGGGCAAUAGUAGCGGUAUUAUGCAAAUACCUUCCGAUGCGCCAGAAAGCACGCGCGCGCGCGCACGCACACCAGAACAAAUAGUCGGAGGAGGUGACUUGUCCGACCAUGAUCUAUCCCCCUCAAGCUCGUACACAAUGGAUGAUUACAUGACGCGUGCGUACAAGAAUAGUCAGAGCUCGCUCGCAGCUCAUUAUCCGGGGUAUCCAGGGCUGUCUGCGUCCCGGUCCCAGGAGCUCGAUGUCGGCGGGUCAGGGUUCACUAUCGCCCCAGGGGUGACACCGAACGUGCAAGGAAAUCUGGUGAGUGCCGAUUGUGAUAAGAGGGAUACGGGAAGGAUAUACACGACCAUGAAUAUGGAGGAGGAGGGAAUGAGAAAGGAAACUGACGUCGACCAAAGACGCAUGUAUGGAGCCAAUACAGCUCGCAGUUAUACAGCACAUACAGAAGCAAGCGCACAGAUAAAUACAAGUGACACCAGCAAAGUAAUAGGAAACCAGGACGUGACUACUAAGAACAGUAAUGCCCAAGAGGGCAGAAGUUUUGCCACGCCAAUGCCAAUUCAACGCACAGGAUCUGCAUCUGGCCAGCGUGUGGGUGCAGGCGCGGCGAUAGAUGGCAGGUACGAACGUGGAGGACGCACGAUAAGUGCGGGCGUCGGCGUGGAUCCGGGCGGUGGCAGUGUAGCCAAUACUGCAGCACAGGCGGGCAAAGCCGGUCAUAUGGACGGAGUGGGGACGCAUACAUCAACGUCCGCACACGGAAAUGCUCAGGAAUUUCAGUAUUCACAUCAAAGUGAUGCAUCCCUGUCGCCAACACACGGAGGAAACAUAUCCGUUGCCUUGGGAGCAUCCCCAUCAUCACUCAUAUUCGCUAGUGGCACGUCACAUGAUGUAGGAAUGCCGUCUGUUGGUCUUUCUGGAGGGUCUUUACAAAAGGUCUCUGGCGGUGUGACGCCGAGCGACCACUCUUUUCAGCGUGCUUUCCCACUAUCAACAAAUAAUUCGAUGGGUCAAGCUGCGCAUUCUGGUCGGUUACAGACUGAAGCGCCACCAAGCAUAGCUGCGCAUCUGUCUCGACAGCAGGGUGCGGGCAGUGGUUCCAGUGACCCGUAUGCACUGCUGGGUCCGAUGGAGGACUCCGCGAGUGUCGGCAGUGGUGCACAUGGCAGUGAUCAUUCCAGCAAAACUGAAUCCAGUUCAAGUUUAGCACCUACGACGCAAUUACUGAGCGGGCGCAAUUUAGACGGGAGUUUGAUCAGAAAUGCGGCGGAUUUGCAAACCGGUAUGAGGGUGGAGGCCGAUGUCCACAGGGGUACAAAUAUGCAAAACACGUCAGUUGUCGCUAAUAUGCCACAGGGACAACAGCAGGAACAGCAAGAAUGGUCAACUUCGAGAGGUGUUGAUGCUGGGCUGGACAACGAUGAUGAGCGCAUUACUGAAACCCCUCCUGAAUCGCCAGAACCUGAGGAACGAUUACAUAAGAGAAUUAAAUUCAAGAAGCGCGCAUUCAAAGUUCGUCGUAGCACUGCAGGAGAAUAAAUAAGUUC